GAGAAUUUUUGCCCUGAGUCCUUGUCCUAGACCUGGGGGUGAGGGAGGUGGGAAGGGGGUUAGGAGUCCCACACAGUGAUCUGCUGAAGAGGAUUCUGGCCCCCUCCUUUCUGAACUGUGCUUCUGGUGUCAUUGAGACCAGUGUUAAUCCGGAGUCAUGGCAAGGAAAGACAAGGAGUGACUCCAGAUGAACAGUUGGGCCAAUGAGAUCAGCACCAGUCCCUGUGGUGAGGUGGUUUCAUUAGCUGCUCCCCCCCAGAGAGCUCUGGUUGUUGCUAAAGGAGGGAAGCUGCUCAAACGCUCUGUCCCCCUCUGCUCAGGAUAUUGGGGUUCAGCUUCCUGGGUCAGACACUGCAGCCUCCGCUGUGAUCUGGGAGACCAGGCUUAGCAGCUGCUGCUCCAUGGGGGUCUGCGAGGAAGUGACCUUAAUUAAAGCUUCUUCUCUGCCCAUCAAGUUGAGCCCUUUCUCCAGCUGGUACUAGCCCCCUAGGGCAGCCAUAGGCCCUGUAAAUACUAAAUUCUGAGCCAGAGACUCCAGGUAAUCGAGAGGGACCUCAGGGAAAGUGCUGGGAUCUGGCAUGAAAGUGAUUCUCUCCUCGUUUCUCCUCCCAUCUGCAAUUGUCAGGAGAAAAUCCACCCAUGGGGGAGCAAAGAACCCAGGAAUGGGGCUUUCCCAGCCAGAGGGGCAGGGAGAGGGGACUGGGUAAAGGAGAUAGAAGGGGAAAGAGAGACUGAAAGGGAAGUGGGAGAAAAGUGGGGAGAGAGUUUCCAGGACUCUGAUCUGCGCAGACACAGGUAUUGCAGCACUCCUGGGCAGUGUCACUUUUCUGUGGACAAGAUGAGGUUCAGAGAGAGGAAAAGCCAGUUCCUGACUCCAUAUCCCCACCAGCUGGGGUGUGGCUGCCACAUUGUCAUUGUCAGUGGGAAUCUCCCCAAGUCAUUCCUUUGGUUCUGCUCUUUUCUAAUAAAGACUUUGUUACUGGAAAGGCUUAGAAAUGUCUCUGUGAGCUUAGACUGGCAGGUGGGGCCAGGUCUACACUGUAACAAAGAGAUCAAGCAAUUUCCCGGCAUGGGAAUCUGGGGUGUCUGUCUGCAGGGAAAGGGCCUGGGGGUAUCGUGCUGUGAAAUGAACUAAACAGGGCCGGCGCUACCAUUAAGGCGAACUAGGCGGUUGCCUAGGGCACCAAGAUUUGGGGGCGCCAAAAAGCGGUGCCCCCAAUUUUGUUUUUUACAGUGUUCCCAGUCUGGGCUGCCGGCGGCGCGCUGACACAUGCAGCUCAGAGUCCAUACAAAUCACAUAACUCAGAACCACCCCUACCAGGCGAACCAUUUCCCUAGCCACUGCCAAUGACCAUUCUUCUUAUGACUAGAAACGCUUUCUGAUAACAGCAAUAAAAUGUACGUGGCAGAGACACCGAACCCCAAAGUCGGCUGUCCAAACAUUCCUUCUGUUUUCGUGGACCCUGAACGCCCUUUUCCCGACCUCCCAUGGGAAUACACGGGGUGGAGAAAGGGAGGAGGAUGGGGGUGGCAAACCUGCGAGGACUCAUAAGUGGCCUAGAUUCUAGGAACAGACCCAUGAGGGUUCAGAAGUGGAAAUGCCCUACUUUGUGGAAGGGGAAACAACCCACCUACAUAGGGCUGUGUCGUGGGGUAGAUACACCUGGUGAAGGGGUGUCUGGUCAUGUAGAGUCAGCGGGGAGCUUACGUCUCAGCUGCCAGAGUCUCCCUGAUGGCCUAACCCAGAAAACAGGAGAGCGUGACCUAGCGGUUGGGGAGCUGCCACCCCUGUGUGGGGUUAGCCGCAGGAGGUAGGGAGAGCAGGGCCCACCCUGCUCCUCCGGGUCCCAGCCCAGGGACUGAACAGUGGUGUGUGUCAGCGGGGAUCCAGCUGUAACGUGCUGACCAAUUUCUUGGUCCUAUGACUUGGACUUCAGGAUCUAUUUCCCCUGGGCCUCUUCCUACCCAUCUCAGUCCCUUCCUGGGUCACUGCAAAUUGUCCCGUGUCCACCUGGGGUUUGGUGUGCCUGGCGUCUGUGGACAGGGGGUCCCACAGAUCCCUGGAGAGCAGCUCGCAAUAUGCAUCCUUCCUCCUGGGCAGUCCAGCCCGACAAAGCUCUGCUGCUUUCCUUUAUAUCCUGUCUCCAGGCUGGGCGUGCCUUGCAGGACAGUGGGGUGUGGUUUCCUCAGCCUGCAAUGCACAGCUAACCCCAGCAUGGCCAAUGUGGAGUAGAUAGAUCUCAUCAUAGGUACGGAAAACUCACCAGACUCCCAGUGCUGGAGCCUGAGCCGACUAACCAGCGGCUGCUGUGAGAUAUGAAGGGGGCACCCACCAGUGAGGCGUAGGGGACAUCUCUCUCCUCUCAUAUCCAGCUCCUCACAACAAGAAGCAUGUUGGGCUUCCUUCUCCGGAGCUCUCCCUGCACCCUGCUAGGGGCUCCACCUCCUAUGUCAGUCUGUGGCUAGUAGGGGUGUGAUGGAUCUGCUGGGAGAGACAAGGGGCUCUCUCUGUCCCCUCACCCUGGUGGUUCCUGGAUGGGAAAGCAGAGAUCUGGAUGGGGAUAGGACUGUGUUGACCAUGAGCCUCCCAGAGCUUCCAUUUGAUGGGCUCCUCUUCCCCCACGAAUAGUGGGGCUGUGAAUGGGGCAGCAGAUACUCAGUGUUGGACUCUUGCUCUUUCAGGGACCGGUGACCUUCGAGGAGGUGGCUGUGUAUUUCACCAGGGAAGAGAGGGACGUCAUGCAGGAGAACUAUGAGAAUGUGACUUUGCUGGGGUUUCCCGUUUCCAGACCUGAUGUGAUCUCCCAGCUGGAACAGGGGGAAGAGCCGUGGGUCCCAGACCUCCAGGGUUCAGGGGAAAAAGAGAUCCUAAGACUUCCCUGCACAGCAGGUGAGGUGAUGGUGAGUGAGAAUGAGGUGCAAAAGUCUCAGCAGGAAGAUGCUGCGCAAGUGGAAUCACAUGGAGCAUUAUCGCAAAGAUCCGAAGGGGAUGUGUCCAGGAGUCAUGAGGAGGGACAAUCCUGUGAGAUUCAGCAGACACCAGAGAGAGAGCAGGGAAACCAGCCAGGGGAGAAAUUGGAGAAAUUAAUUUGCUCUCAGGGAACUCACAAGGACCUGAAGGAAACCACAGCCCAGCAGAAAAUCCUCAGGAGAACGAAAAAAAAUACAUGCCCCGAGUGUGGGAAAAACUUUAGUCACUGCUCAACCCUUACUAAACAUCGGAGAACACACAGAGCAGAGAGACCCUUUGAAUGCUGUGAGUGUGGGAAAACCUUCAUUUGGCACUCUCACCUUAUUGCGCAUCAGAGAAUCCACACCAGUGCGAAACGCUAUGAGUACCGUGAGGGUGGGAAAACCUUCACUCCGAACUCAAACCUUAUUGCACAUCACAAAAUCCACACAGGUGAGAAACCUUAUGAGUGUGGCGAGUGUGGGAAAAACUUCACUCAGAGCUCAGACCUUACUACCCAUCAGAGAAUCCAUACGGGGGAGAGACCCUAUGAAUGCCGUGAGUGUAAGAAAAGCUUCAUUCGACGGUCACACCUGAUUACGCAUAAAAGAAUCCACACAGGAGAGAGGCCCUAUGAAUGCUGUGAGUGCGGGAAAAGCUUCACUGCCAGCUCAAACCUUAUUCAGCAUCAGAGGAUCCACACAGGGGAGAGGCCCUAUGAAUGCAGCGAGUGUGGGAAAAGUUUCACUCAGAGCUCAGACCUUACUACACAUCAGAGAAUCCAUACAGGGGAGAGACCCUAUGUAUGCUGUGAGUGCGGGAAAAGCUUCAUUCGACGGUCACACCUGAUUACGCAUCAGAGAAUCCACACAGGUGAGAAACCCUAUGAAUGUUGUGAGUGCGGGAAAAGCUUCACUGCCAGUUCAAACCUUAUUCAGCAUCAGAGAAUCCACACAGGGGAGAGGCCAUACCAAUGUUGCGAGUGUGGGAAAAGCUUCACUCAGAGCUCAGAACUUGCUACACAUCAGAGAAUGCACAAGGGAGAGAGACCCUAUGAAUGCUGUGAGUGUGGGACAAAUUUCACUGACCGCUCCGCCUUUCUCAAUCAUCAGCGAAUCCACACCGGAGAGAGACCGUACGUAUGCUUUGAGUGCGGGAAAACCUUCACUCGGAGCUCAAACCUCAUUACACAUCAGAGAAUUCACACAGGUGAGAAACCCUACGAAUGCAGUGAGUGCGGGAAAAGAUUCACUCACAGCUCAAACCUUAUAACGCAUCAGAGAAUCCACACAGCGGAAAGGCUCUAUCAAUGUGAGUGCGGGAAAAGCUUCACGGAGAGCUCGGCCCUUCUUAAACAUCGGAGAAUCCACGCAGGAGACAAACCCUACAAAUGCUGUGAGUGCGGGAAAACCUUCACUCGGAGCUCCGCCUUUAUCUCUCAUCAGAGAAUCUGCAAGGGAGAGAAACGCCAUAAAAAACUUUAGGGCUACCGAAAAAAAAAAUUUCUUGUGCUAAUUCCCACGUAGUAAUCUUUAAGGCUGUUUGAACCAUUUGCAUCACUGUUAUCCCUCAGCUUGUCCAGAUGAGUUGCCCAUUUUUGCUUUUUGCCAUUUGCCGUGUUUUGAGGUGGUUCCAAUUGUCUUUUCUAUCAACUCCAUUGUCCCAUGAGUAAUGGGAGUGCGUCCCUCCUUCCAGGAACCAGGGAGCAUCACAUUUAUACCGUUCCUCCUAUUGCAAAGGUACUGUUAAUCUCCAAUGAACAGAUUGUUCUGGGUUGUGCUGAAGAGCAGUUAUUUUUGGACAUUUUUAUUUUCAUUUUAAAUAUAUUUAAAUAUGGUAAAAAGCAGGCGGUGCAGGGGGAAAAGUGUCAUUUCAGCCUCUGCGACACAGGAAGGAGAUGGGGUAACUCAGAGAUUCCUUCCUUCCCCAUCACUGCAGAACUGUUAAACUCUGCCUGGCUCAGACAGGAGGUAUCUUCAUCACAUUCAGUCCCUCAACCUCUCAGAGUCAUGUGAUGCAGUGUUUGUGUUUGGAGAUGAUGCUUUGACUUCUUUAAUCCUAUAUCGGAGUCGCUCUGACUGGAGAGGAAAGUGUCAAAGACCUGGAAGGGGAAUUCAAAUGGAUCUCAAACACAUUGUGAUCAUUUGGAGUUUAAAUCCCAGGUUCCAUCUAUUGGCAAAGCCACUUCUGGCAAGGUGGCUGUUUUUCCCCCCAUUGUGAGGAUGCUAAAACUUUUGUAUAUAAUUUAACUCAAAAAAUGAGACAGUACUUAAUGAAGCGGGUUUGAAUGGAUCAGAGGAGAAUGUCAUGGGAGAAUCAUGUCUUGAUUCUGAGUUAUUAGAUGUAAUCUGCUCUGGAUUUUUCCCUUGACACUUUUAUUGUCAUGUAUUCUGUCUCUCUAUGAUGUGGGUUUCUAUCUCUCCUGAAGAAUGUUUGGUCACCCAACUGGAUAUUAGUUUAGUUUGACAGGAUAUAGCUCAGAUUUAUUGGAGACUUUGAGACAAAUGACCAUUUGCCAAAGUCAUUACUUCUCACUUCAGCGUUGUUUUUUCCCCGCCCCUCCAUGAUGACAUGGAGAAAGUUCAAGUGCAGCUCUGUCAACAGGAGAGAACUCUCCAAUUUACUGGACAUGCUAACAAAGAAACAGCAAUGAUUUAAAAUCUCCACUCGGAAAUGGUGACCACCAGCAGACUGAACUGAAGGAAGUGCAGAUGAUCACAUUGUUUAAGUCAAUAUCGUCUCAGAUGAUCUGGGGAGAGAAUUCCACCGUAAGUGAGUUGGAGCUAGGCAAAAUGCCCCUGUAUUCAGUACCCAGAGCAUUUGUAACCCAGGCUCUACAGAAGAUCUCUCCUAGCUAAUCCUAUGAUAUGGGAAAUGCUGCCCUUCACGAUGCAGUGUGUGGAAGGAAUAGAAGUGGGUUUUUUGUUGAAUUUAUCCUUUGUAGGAGCCACAAAUAUGUAUAAAAUGUAAUAGCUGCAGAAAAAUAGCCAUUUUUAAUAGAAACGUCACUUAUGGUAACGUACAGAGAUUCUGAUCCAGGCCUGUAUCUAGUUCCUAGUCUAGACCCGUGCCACUGCAUUAAAGAAAAUUUGGGCAUAUUUGGGGAAGCCAUUCCGCACUAACACUGCUGGUUUGGAGUAUCAGAGGGGUAGCCGUGUUAGUCUGAAUCUGUAAAAAGCAACAGAGGGUCCUGUGGCACCUUU